CUUCUGUCCAUUUUCUAUGCAAUUCAAGUUAGCAAACGAAGGCAGAGUCCGCAUUGCUUUUUUGAACAAAUGGAUUGAAUUAUUAUUGAAAGAAAUCCCAAUCGUCACAACAUGAACAUGAUAGGUCGUCUAGCUAGUUUUUCCAUGCAUGUAAGAAGUCGCCAUUGACGAAGACCUUAAAGAACAACUAGCCAAUUCUAUAAAACAUAUCAUUUCAUUCAUUUGGUUUUUCCAUAUACCAAAUACAAGUUUUUCAUAGGUGAUCAUAUCUUGAUUUCAACAAUGAGUGGCAGCAGCAACAAGUAUCAAGAUUCAGACGGAGUAUAUCCCCCACCACCUACUUCACGUCCACGAAAGAAGGAGGUGCGUCCUCCUCCUCCUCCUCCGGUACCGUCUUUUCCACCACCAGUGCAAGGGUACUAUGAAGCCGGUCCUUAUGUGGCACCACCUCGAGUUAGUGACCCUAUGAACUAUGGUCCUCAACACCUCCAACAGCCUCCUCCUCCUCCUCUUCCAGAAAGAACGAGGGAUGAUGAAUUUUGCACAGGAUGUUGCUGCUGCCUCUAGGACGUGUGCUUUGAAGGACUAUGAAUGAUUCUCUGUAAAAUUUGUAGCUUAUAAUUGUUUCCCUUGUCUUUCUUGUUGGAAAAUAAUAAUUAUUUUCGCUCUUUUUAUGUCACUGUACGUACUACGUUUAACAUUUAAUCACGUUGCUCUUUAAUUAA